GCUACGUGCCUGUACACACACACGACUUCUAUAUGUUAUGUUAGCUCGUAUGCAGACAUGUCUGGAAUAGAUUAAGGGCGAACAUGCUGCUUUGCAAACCCAUAAACUCUGGCAGUUGGUUUUCAUCAUCUACGCAAAUUCUUUCUCCUCGAUAAGGUUGGAAAUAAGUUCACGAAAUCUGAAAAAAAUUAAAAAAACAGUGCUAGGCACUUAAAUAUACCAUCUGCAUUUUAAAAUCCUAUGCUUUUCCUCACUUCUAAUUCACUUCCAUCUAUGUUAUAGUUCGUUAUCAUCAUAAUGCGCUUAACAUUCUUUUGUACCUUUUGUUUUCCUUUGUCGUAUCACUAUUGUGUGUGGCAGGUUAGGGAGAUAGAUAAGUCAUGGUUCUUAUUUUCCACUUCAUAUCACGAUGUAACUGGUAGCGCAACCUUCCCAUUUCAUAACUUCUUUUCGACAUAUGUUUGACCUUCUACUAGCUUCCAUGAGAAAGACCAUUCUAAACGCAUAUCACACGUUAAUGAAACUUCCUGUGAUUGGGCCAUUUUCAGGUCGUUAUGAAAGUUGUUAAUUUGCACAUAAAUUUAUUUGCUUUCAGGUUGUUCGCCUUAUUUAUUUUUACAAAAGAUUCUUCUUAGUUUUUUUAAUCCUAAUCCUGCUACUGUUUCGGAUAGAGAGAGACAUUUCGAUUCACUUGCAAUAUGAAUUUGAAGGAUCUUGUUCCUGAAGAACGUAUGAAAAUCGCUGCUCUUUUAGCAGAGAAAAAGAGUACAAAUGAGAAUUCAUGGAUGUAUGAGAAACCGAAAGAUGAUCCUGAAGCAUUUUUAUUGGGAAAGCAAGUUCAAAGCUUAAACCAAAUUCAGGAAAUUGGUAAAGAAUAUGACGAAUCACCUGCUCAACGACUUGCUAGAUUUGAUAUGGAAGCCAAAUUUCGUGAAGAUCCCCUGACAAUUAUGAAGCAAAGAGAAGCGGAAAAACGAAUAGAACUGCUUCAGAAUACAGCUAAAGUUAGGAAACUUCGAAGACUUCUAACAGAGCAAAAAUUGCGUAAAGAAAAACGUAAAAGUAAAAAACAUUUAAAACAAAAACGUCUGCAUAAAAGUUCAGAUGAAUCAGAGGGAGGUAGUUCAGAUGAUGAAUUACUGAAUAAGUUCAUUGAAAUUAUUCAUCAAUCUAAUGAACUGAAAGAGGAUAGCUCACAGAAAUCUAUGGAUAAAUGUAGUAAAGAAUCAUCUAGUACUGUUAAAAAACAACUUUCAAAUUCUUGUGAUCAGGAACAUGCACUUUCAGACCAAAAGUGUUCAAAUGUGAACAGAAAACAUCAUUCAGAACGUAAUCAAUCAAUUUCAUCCUGUUCAGAAAGAUCUAACUAUCACAAAUCAACAUCGAAUCGACGAAAGUUAUCCAAAGAAGAAAUCGAAGCUAAGCGAGCCCAGAUGAUUUCUGAUGCAAAAGAACAUGAAAAAGAACGUUUACAUCGUUCCACUACUCACUAUAAGAUAAAAAAGAAUGAAGAGGAAAGGGAAUUAGCCUCGAAAUUUUCGCAUGGACCAUCAUUUAUUAGUCAUUUAAAAAACCAACACGUUGACAGGACUACUUUAGAAGAAGGUAUUCAUCGUAAGGCUAGUAAUCGUCAGAAAGGGGAGCUUCAUGAUAAUUUUAUCAAACGUUAGGUCUUUUAAUUUUCUGAUUAUAUUGUACAUAAAAAAUGUUUCUUUGAUAAAUUGCAUAAAUGUAA